GACAAGAUAAAAAACUAAAUCACUAGGAAUAAAAGCGAAAGGUUAUGAACAGGUUUUCUUUGCAGUAAGAGCCAUCGAAAUACAAAGAUCAUGAACUAUCUCGCAGUAGUGUUCCUAAGUGUUUGCUCAGUUUUUUCCGUUUACGGAGCAAGGGGCAGCUAUGGAAAUCAGAAGAACUACAUGCCAAUGGUUAAAGUGGAGUUAGAUGUUUUCUCGGGCAAUCAAAAUCCAUGGAUAAAUAUGCCAAUGCCAUUCAUGAUGAGCAUGAUGCAGAAAUUUCCUCCCAAACCUAUGAACAACGGCAACAAUAUGCGAGAUCUGGGAUACCGUGGAUUCAUCAUGAGUGACGGAUCGCAGUCCAUGCGAAUCCCUAGAGGAUCCAGCAUGAUGCUGGAGGGCAUGAUGAUGAACUUUUUCAAUGUCCCAAUGCAAGUCCGGCAACACUGCAACAGACAGAUCUUUGGAAAUCAAAUGAACAAUGCAAUGUACACAGAAAUGACAAGGUCAUGCCAGAAUCCCCAGUCAUCUUUCGUGUACCAACCAGAGAUGUGGAAUUCUAACCCGGCUGUACAAAGUAACAACAAUUGUUACAACUAUGUCAACGACAUCAUAACAAAUACCUUUGCACAACCAGGACGAGCAAAUGGCUAUACUCCCCCUAGUACUACUGGCCCCAAUAUGCAAUAUGGCACCGAGCUGGACGGUAUGGUACGCAUUGAACCCACUUCUCCAAAUUGUUUACCGAUUCCAAACGGAGGAAAUUUGGCAGCUCUCGUUAUCUGGCCCGAUACUGAUUACCAUUUCUAUCGUUUGGACAACGAUGGCACUUUCUCUCACAAACCUGGUCAGACGGCUGCACGGAAUGUGGAUAACUCCGGUGAAAUGAUCCGAGACCCAAGAAUAGCUGACCGUGGACCUUAUACUGUAUUCCACUGCUUUUUGGAGACCAAUUCCAACAAUGUCAAUAUUAUGUAGAGCAUUAAGAAAGUACAGUUGAAAUUGUCAUUAAAAUGAUUCAAUUCA